GUAUAAUUUUAAUGUCAACCAAAUUCUCCUCCCUUCAAACUUUAAUACUCUCCCCAUUCAACGUACUACUACUACACUUAUUAGACAUGCAUGCACUCCUAUAUAAACUCUCCUCUCCCCAUCCUCGCUAAACCAUGCAAUUCAACCCUUCUCUACACUAAUCUCACACUAUGCCUCCCAUUCUCACUAAAACCAUGAACUCACUUUUAAGCCAUAUUCAUCUCUUUCAAAUCUCCUUUCUGGCUCUUCUGUCCUUCACUAUCCUCCUCCACACCACCUUAUCUUACACUGCCCUACUCUCAACUCACCUCCAUCUCUCAUUAUCCACCGCUCUCUGCGUGCUCCUCGCGCUCCUCCACCGCCGCCUCAGCCGCCCUUACCCGGUCUUCCUCCUCAACUACUCGUGCUACAAGCCACCAUUCCAUCACAAAGUUUCCUACGAAAUUGCUGAAAAUUUCGUACUCAAAAAUUCUGCGAAUUUCCCGGAAAAAUCGAUAGACUUCAUGCGUAAUAUUUAUCUUAAAUCCGGCCUAGGGGACGAGACUUAUGCACCGCCGUUCAUUUUCGAGGACGACAAAAACCCUACCCUAGAAUCCGCGUUCCAAGAAUCUCACGACAGCAUCUUUACUUCCAUAGAGAAUCUCUUACCGAAAACCCUAAUCGACCCUCUCCGCAUCGACGCUUUGAUCGUCACGAGCGGGUGCUUCUCCCCUGCUCCGUCACUCACAUCUCACAUCGUAAAGAAAUUUAAUCUCAGACACGAUAUAAAAACGUAUAAUCUCAGCGGAAUGGGGUGUAGCUCGGGAGUCAUGAGCAUCGAUCUAGCUUCGAAUAUCCUACGUGGCAGUCACAAAAUUCAAUACGCGCUUGUCGUGAUCACGGAGAGUAUUACUCUCAACUGGUACUCCGGCGACAGCCGGUCCAUGCUGGUGACGAACUGCAUUUUCCGGGUCGGUUGCGCCGCCGCGAUGAUCACGAACGACCCGACUCGCCGCCGUGAUGCCAAAAUGGAGCUUGUUCACUCACUCAGGACUCAUCACGGCGCUGAUGACAUGGCGUACCGUGCAGCAUUUCAAGAAGAAGACGAGAAGGGCAUUCCGGGGAUUUCACUCACCAAAGACUUGGUGAGAGUAGCGGGAGUGAACUUACGUGAACACAUCAAGAUCCUCGCUCCGCGAGUCCUCCCGGUGAGCCAGCUGGUGCGGUACGUGGCGGCGGCGGUGGCGGCGAAGAUGUCGCGGGGGCAGUCGAAGGCGGCGGUGCCGGACUUCACGACGGCGUUUGAGCACAUGUGCAUACACACGGGAGGGAAGGCGGUGAUUGAGCAGGUGGGGAGGGUUUUGAGGCUGGAUGACUCGGUGACCGAGCCGGCUCGGAUGAGUCUGCACCGGUUCGGGAACACCUCGAGCAGUUUAGUGUUUUAUGAGUUGGCGUAUUUUGAAGCGAAGAUGAGGGUGAAGAAGAAUGAUAGAAUGUGGAUGAUUGCGUUCGGGACGGGGUUCAAGGUGGGAAGCUUGGUGUGGAAGUGUCUUGGAGAUUCGAAACAUGAGAUUGAUAAUCCAUGGAAUGACUCUAUAUUCAAGUAUCCAUUGAAGGUUUAGAAGUUUUUAGCUGAUUAAUUAAGUUGGGGUUUUAAAUUUUAAUAUGUAAUACAUUUUCCUCACGAUUAUAGACAAAUGUAAUUAUGUUUUUACAGUCAGAAA